GCAUAUUAACGUCAAAAUCAUAUGACUGUCAACUUUAUUUAAAAUGAAAAAGUGAAUAAAUCUAAAACAAUAGUUAAUAAUGGGUGAAAACAAUAUACUUCCUAAAGAAGAUUCAGAAAGCAAAAUGAACGAGACACCAAAUGGAACGUCAGAAAAUCCUACGGACGAAGAAAUGGAUACAAAUUCACAAGAAAAUAGCAACGAUGAAAACGAUGAUAAUUUGGAGGAUAUGACACCGGAGGAAAUUGCAGCACUCGAUAAUCAACUGGAUGCUUUAAAUUCUGCUUUAGAUGAUAUUGAACAAAAAAAUGAUUUUAUCCAUUCCCAAUUACUGGAAUUACUCCAUGCGAACAGAGAAAUACGCCAACAGAUGCAACAAGAUCAAAAUCAAAUAGAUCAUUCAUCUGAUGAUAGUAAAGCAAAUUAGAAAAAAAAUUCAGUUAUCAUUCCACUUCCAUAUGAUAUUGUUAAAUUUUUUAUUAACAUAUUUAAUAAUGUGUCAAUUCAAAAUGAAAUGUUUAACAAAAAAUUUGAUAUUAGAAAAGUGAAAAAAUUGUUUCAACUAUUAUUAUAAUGACUUGAAGAUUAUAUAAGUAUGUAAUAGAUAUGCUUAAAAUUGAUUAUAAACUUCGAAUUCAAAUGUGCAAUGUAAGCUAUAAUUGUUCCAAAGAUGUUUAGAUAUUUGCUAGUUGGUUCCAUGGAGAGAAAAAUAUUCUUGUUUCCUAUAAAUACUAAUAAAUGUUAUUGAAUGAAUUAAAAA